AUCCAAAUGGAGAUUGAAAAACUAGCGAAUGUUGCAGUAGAUAACUCAGUCUACCUUAAAAUGAAUGCACUUCAAGAACAGAUGAAUUCUUUGAUUGAGGGAAUUCAAGAUGAAAACGGUGAAAACACUAAACUGAUGUUUCAACUCGUGGCUCAAAAAGAUGAAAUAGAAAGACUGAGGAAGCAAGAAGAGACUCAUGCUCAGGCAGAAUUAAAGAAAAUUAAAGAUCUGGAGAAUGAACUGGAGGGCGUCAGAAAUCAGAUAAAAGAAAAGACACGGUUGCUUGACUCAAGUGGUACAAGGAUUGCUAACUUGUCGGCUCAGAUCACGGAACUUCACACUAAAAUCGAACCACUUGAAGAUGAGAUAUUAAACAUAAAAGAAAUGAACGCUGAGAACCUUGAAGAAAUUCAGAAGAGACUGAAUAGGACCAAGAUGCAAAUGCAAGACAGCGAACUUCAACUCAAAGAAGCAAAUGCAAAUAACUAUAAACAGAUCAUGGAGAUUGCUGACCUGAGGGCAGAUCUGAAAAAAGCCCAGAAGCAGGCAUCAAUAGCUGCCAAAAAAGAUAUCAACAAACUGGAACAAAUGCAAAAACAACAACUUGAAAGUCAGAAUGAAGAGCUAAAAAAACAACUUAAGGACAAAGAGGAGGAGCACUCACGCGAUCAAGCUGAGAUCCAGUCUCUGAAGAAUCAGCUCAACCACACAGCGGAUCAGUGCAGUAACGAGCAGAAUGUUAAAGAUCUGCAGAAUAAGCUGGAUACCAAAAUAGAGGACCUGCAGUCAAACUCUAACUCCGUUACUUCACUUGCUCUUCAAGUUUCCACGUUAACCCUACAGGUGGAGGAGCUGAAGAGACAACUACAGAACACUGAAUCGCAAAGCAAGAUUGCAGAAAUUCAAAAAUCGAUUAGUGUGAAAACGGUUGAGCUUGCCAAAAAAAAGGAAGCAUUGAAAGAAAGAAGCGCUCAACCACAAAGACUUUUGCAGAUUAUUACAAUCCAAAUGGAGAUUGAAAAACUAGCGAAUGUUGCAGUAGAUGACUCAGUCUACCUUAAAAUGAAUGCACUUCAAGAACAGAUGAAUUCUUUGAUUGAGGGAAUUCAAGAUGAAAACGGUGAAAACACUAAACUGAUGUUUCAACUCGUGGCUCAAAAAGAUGAAAUAGAAAGACUGAGGAAGCAAGAAGAGACUCAUGCUCAGGCAGAAUUAAAGAAAAUUAAAGAUCUGGAGAAUGAACUGGAGGGCGUCAGAAAUCAGAUAAAAGAAAAGACACGGUUGCUUGACUCAAGUGAUACAAGGAUUGCUAACUUGUCGGCUCAGAUCACGGAACUUCACACUAAAAUCGAACCACUUGAAGAUGAGAUAUUAUACAUAAAAGAAAUGAACGCUGAGAACCUUGAAGAAAUUCAGAAGAGACUGAAUAGGACCAAGAUGCAAAUGCAAGACAGCGAACUUCAACUCAAAGAAGCAAAUGCAAAUAACUAUAAACAGAUCAUGGAGAUUGCUGACCUGAGGGCAGAUCUGAAAAAAGCCCAGAAGCAGGCAUCAAUAGCUGCCAAAAAAGAUAUCAACAAACUGGAACAAAUGCAAAAACAACAACUUGAAAGUCAGAAUGAAGAGCUAAAAAAACAACUUAAGGACAAAGAGGAGGAGCACUCACGCGAUCAAGCUGAGAUCCAGUCUCUGAAGAAUCAGCUCAACCACACAGCGGAUCAGUGCAGUAACGAGCAGAAUGUUAAAGAUCUGCAGAAUAAGCUGGAUACCAAAAUAGAGGACCUGCAGUCAAACUCUAACUCCGUUACUUCACUUGCUCUUCAAGUUUCCACGUUAACUCUACAGGUGGAGGAGCUGAAGAGACAACUACAGAACACUGAAUCGCAAAGCAAGAUUGCAGAAAUUCAAAAAUCGAUUAGUGCGAAAACGGUUGAGCUGGCCAAAAAAAAGGAAGCAUUGAAAGAAAGAAGCGUUCAAUCACAAAGACUUUUGCAGAUUAUUACAAUCCAAAUGGAGAUUGAAAAACUAGCGAAUGUUGCAGUAGAUGACUCAGUCUACCUUAAAAUGAAUGCACUUCAAGAACAGAUGAAUUCUUUGAUUGAGGGAAUUCAAGAUGAAAACGGUGAAAACACUAAACUGAUGUUUCAACUCGUGGCUCAAAAAGAUGAACUAGAAAGACUGAGGAAGCAAGAAGAGACUCAUGCUCAGGCAGAAUUAAAGAAAAUUAAAGAUCUGGAGAAUGAACUGGAGGGCGUCAGAAAUCAGAUAAAAGAAAAGACACGGUUGCUUGACUCAAGUGGUACAAGGAUUGCUAACUUGUCGGCUCAGAUCAUGGAACUUCACACUAAAAUCGAACCACUUCAAGAUGAGAUAUUAUACAUAAAAGAAACAAACGCUGGGGACCUUGAAGAAAUUCAGAAGAGACUGAAUAAGACCAAGAUGCAAAUGCAAGACAGCGAACUUCAACUCAAAGAAGCAAAUGCAAAUAACUAUAAACAGAUCAUGGAGAUUGCUGACCUGAGGGCAGAUCUGAAAAAAGCCCAGAAGCAGGCAUCAAUAGCUGCCAAAAAAGAUAUCAACAAACUGGAACAACAAAUACAAAAACAACAAAGAGAGAACCAAAAACUUGAAAGUCAGAAUGAAGACUUACAGCAGGAGGUCAAGGAACUGAAAACGUGCUGCUCUGAUAGUGACACCCUGUGUGACGCAGGUGUACAGGGAAAGCUGGAGCAGUGCCAGCAGGAUGCAGAUCAACUGCAGCAGCAGCAGCAUGAGAACGAAGCCAGACUCAACCAGCUGCAGCAGCAGCUUGAGAUCCAGACCAGAGAGUAUAACGAGCUUCAGGACAAAUACAACAAUGACAUUCAAAAUAAAAUGAAUGAAGAAGAAGAUAACACGAUCUAUGCAAGGAGGAUGACCAUGGAUCCAGACACAACACACAGACGAAUCACUCUGUCUGCAGAUAACACUGUAAUGUCCACUGGGGAAAUCCAACCUGUCAUCGACAGUCCAAGCAGGUUUGAUGUCUCUCUGGCUGCCCUGGGCUCGACUGGCUUCUCAUCUGGCAGACAUUACUGGGAGGUUUCUGUGGCUGGGAGGCUAUGUUACCAACUUGGAAUGGCCAGUGAAUCUGCUCAGAGAAGGGGGACAAUACAAUUUAGGCCGGCAAAUGGUUACUGGACUAUAGUCCUGAACAAACAGGGUCUGUACAGAGCUGUGUAUAGUACAUCUGUGUCUCUUCCAGUUCAUACGCAGGUUCAGACAAUAGGCAUUCUGCUGGAAUACAGCAAGGGACAGAUCUCAUUCUACGAUGUUAGUGCCAGAUCUCUGAUGUACUCUUUUGUUGGUCAAAACUUUACAGACAAAAUCUAUCCAUUCAUCAAUUUUUGUGUUGAGGAUUCUAAGAGUCCGGUCUUGGUACAGUUGCUUGCUCCUAAAUCAGUUGACUGGAUAAAGUAGAGAGGAGCACAUUAUGUAUCCCAUUUAUGUUCCUCUAAUCCCUUUUAAAGUAGUUAAAAGUUUUAGCUAUAGGACCAGAGGGACUGAAAUGUUUUUUGUUUUUUUUAAUAAA